CCCUUUCCCCUCCCCUCAGGUGCCCUCGCGCCCCCCUCGGGCCGCCAUGGCCACCCCGCCCAAGCGCGGGCGGCACGACCGCCGCGUCAAGAAGGUCGCCGUGGAGGGCAACAUCGCUGCAGGGAAAUCCACCUUUGUGACUAUUCUGAAGCAAGCCAAUGAGGAGUGGGAAGUGGUUCCUGAGCCCAUAGCUAGAUGGUGCAAUGUCCAGCAAAACUCUGGAAAUGAUUGUGAGGAGCUGAGCACGUCCCAGAAGAACGGUGGGAACGUGCUGCGGAUGAUGUAUGAGAAGCCGGAGAGGUGGGCUUUCACCUUCCAGACCUACGCCUGUCUCAGCAGGAUCCGGGCUCAGCUCAGCGCCCUCGAGGGCAGACUCCAGGACGUGGAGAAUCCUGUGGUGUUCUUCGAGCGCUCUGUCUACAGCGACAGGUACAUCUUUGCAGCUAAUUUAUACGAGUCUGAUUGCAUGAACGAGACUGAGUGGACUAUUUACCAAGACUGGCACAACUGGAUGAAUGAGCAGUUUGGUUCAAGGCUGGCGCUGGAUGGGAUCAUUUAUCUCAGAGCCACUCCUGAGAAAUGCUUGAAUAGGAUUUUCGUGCGAGGAAGAGACGAGGAACAAGAAAUCCCCAUUGAGUAUCUGGAGAAGCUUCACUACAAACACGAAAGCUGGCUCCAGCACAGGACACUGCGAACAGAUUUUGACUAUCUGCAGGAAAUUCCAAUUUUGACGCUAGAUGUUAAUGAAGAUUUCAAAGGCAAAAAGGACAGAUACGACCACAUGAUCGAAAAGGUCAAAGAAUUUUUGAGCACAUUGUAAUCCUCUUUGAAGUGCAGACAGAGCCAAACCAUUCCAAACAUCUGUGCGAUCAAAGUCUCAAGUGCAGCUUCUGCUUUUAUAGAAGGGCCUCUGGAGAGGCAGGACUCAGUCCUGGUGAUUUGACUGUGAGGAACAAAUAAACUUUGUGAAUAGGGAAAUUACUAAAUAAAUCACUAUGUCUGUUCA